AUGGUGUCAGUUGCUCAUCCUUUUAUGGACGUUGAAAGUUGUAGGUCUUAUAUCGAUGAACUGUACUCUCCAGAUGAACAAAAGUGUUUAGAUGCAAUAGUUUCUCUGAAGAAUUCUGUUAUUGGCAGUAACAGGCAAAAAGGUAGUGUCAUAGCUCAAGGUGUUGUGACAAGAUUAACACAGUUGUUACAGAAUAUUUCCAUACCUACAGAAAUACGUAUUGAAGCAGCAGUUACUCUAGGAUCUUUAGCCAAAGGAACUGAAUCUCAUGUCAAGCAAUUAAUUGAUUUUGGCAUUGCACCUCUUCUUUUAAGUUGUAUUCUCUCUAAUGACGAUACUAAGCUUACUGAUGUAUGCCUUCGAUGUGCAUGCUCUAUUUUCUCACAUCCCCAAGCACCUUAUGGACUUAUAUUUCGAGAACAACAAACAGUUUCCCACCUCCUAAAGUUAGCCAUGCAAUCUGUUUCUAAUCAAAUAUGUGUUACAACUAUACUGAGUGCAUCUUGCAAGACACUUGAACAUCAAAUGUUAUUAUGUGAUCAAGGAGCUAUUUAUACAUUAGCAGCUUUAUUAUGUUCUCCACAUUACUCAGUGUUGAUGCCCACUCUAAAUUGCAUAGCUAAUCUCGCAUAUCAAAAUUCUAAUGUGUCAGCGAUAAUAGCCACAGCUAGCUUUGGUGGAGUUUCAGUUCCUGAUCUAUUAGUUGGUUUAAUGUCACGGGAUCGUCCAAGUGAAAUGCAGCUUGCUUCUGCAAAAUGUUUAACCUAUAUUCACCGUGCUGGGGCCAUAUCUGCUGAAGAUUCUAAAAUCUUGUAUAAAACACUUCCUUGUCUUGUUGUUCUUUGUAAAAAAGAUCAUACUUGUGAAGAACGUGUAGUAGCUGCGGAAACAAUUGCGUACCUUACUGAAGUAAACACAGACCUCCAGAGGUUAGCAUCAAUUUCUAAUCAGUUAAUUCCUACUCUUGCAAAUAUGUUGCAUUCUCAAACUGAAGCGAAUAAUAACAAUAAUGUUCAUCUGGAUCCAUGUGUUAUAGCUGAUAUGAAACAGGCUGCUUUUAGGGCUUUUGCAUCAUUGGGAGCUAAUGAUGAAGACAUCAGGAAACGUAUUAUAGAAACUGAGAGACUGAUGGAAGAAGUUGUUUGUGGUUUAGAAGAUCCCAAUGACAAAGUGAGGCUUGCAGCUGUGCGAUGUCUUCAUUCGUUGUCUCGUUCUGUUCAGCAGUUGCGAACAACAUUUUUAGACCACUCAGUUUGGAAGCCUUUGAUGGGUGUACUUCAAGGAGCAUCAGAUGACUUAUUAAGUGUUGCAAGUUCUACUUUAUGUAAUCUCCUUCUCGAAUUUUCACCAGCCAAAGAACCAAUAUUGGAGUCAGGAGGUGUAGAUCUUCUUUGUAGCCUAACUCAUCGGCCAGAUCCUGCCUUAAGGUUAAAUGGUGUUUGGGCAUUAAUGAACAUGGCUUUUCAGGCUGACCAAAAAGUAAAAUCACAAAUUUUACAUAAAUUAGGAACUGAACAAAUCUUCAGGCUUUUAUCAGAUUCUGAAGUAAAUGUUCUUAUGAAAACACUAGGUCUAUUGCGAAAUCUUCUUUCUACAAAACCACAUAUAGAUCAAAUUAUGGCUCUUCACGGAAUUCAAAUAAUGCAGGCUGUUACUCUUAUAUUAGAUUCAAAUCAUUCUGCUGAUGUAAAAGAACAAGCACUCUGUAUUUUGGGUAAUAUCGGAGAUGGUGAUACUGCAAAGGAAUUUAUAAUGUCUAGAGAAGAUAUUCUCAACAAAAUACAGGAGUACAUGACCCAUAGUAAUGUAAAGUUACAAAUAGCUGCGAUUUUUUGUAUAUCAAACUUGGUAUGGAAGGAAGAAAAUGGUGCUGCUGAAAGACAAGCAAAAUUGAAAGAAAUGGGUGUCUAUAGGUUACUUCAGCAGUUGAUAAUGACUUCUGACUCACUUCUCUUUGAUAAGGUAAAAACUGUGAUGACGCAAUUCUCGGAUGCAUGACAUUUAACCUGUAUGUUCUCACCUUAUCUGGGAGCAUUUUAGUAUUGCAAGUCAAAACAAAGUUGGUAGUUGUACACUUUUGAACCUCUCAUCUCUGCUGUCCUGCUUAUCAUAAUUUAUGAUCUACGAGCCCAAUGCUGUUACCUUUCAUCUUAUGUAUUUCUCUUAAAUGUUAUUGUUUAUUUACCAACUUAAUUCUUGUUUAUAUGUACAAAUAUGUAUGUAUAUAUAUUUAUAUGUAUCUGUUUACUAAUUAAAAAUAGUUGAAUAAUGUUAUUUAUUGAUUUAGUAAAGUAUUGUAUUUUGUUAUUAUAAAAUUUUGUUAUGUUUGAUCAUUGUGCAUCAUUUCUGUGCCAGUUUUGUUUUUCG